CGGCGGUCUGGUCGCGGGGAUCGCUGCUGGAGCCCGAUUGGUUGGAGAGCCAGCCUUAGGGACACCCCUCCCCGGGGACCGGGGCCCCCCGGCGGAGGACUCCCGCCUCCCCUGUCAUCCCAGGGUCCCUUCCUUAGUGGCUUAUGUCCCUUGUCCGGGGCCAUGGAGACACUGUGGCCACCACGGCGGCGCCUCUGUCCGAAGAAGGGGAGGUGACCUCCGGCCUCCAGGCUCUGGCCGUGGGAGACACCGCAGGCCCUUCGGCUGCGACCGAGCUGCUGGCCGCCCAGGGCACCCUGGAGCUGCAGGCGGAGAUCCUGCCCCGCCGGCCGCCCACUCCCGAGCCUCAGAGCGAAGAGGAGAGGUCCGACGAGGAGCCCGAGGCCCAAGAGGAGAAAGAGGAAAAGCCGCACGUGCCCACAGAAUUUGACUUCGAUGAUGAGCCGAUGACGCCCAAGGACUCCCUGAUUGACCGGAGACGCACUCCAGGAAGCUCAGCCCGGAGCCAGAAACGGGAAGCCCGCCUGGACAAAGUCCUCUCAGACGUGAAGCGACACAAGAAGCUGGAGGAGCAGAUCCUUCGUACUGGCAGGGACCUGUUCAGCCUGGACUCAGGGGACCCCAGUCCCCCCAGCCCCCCGCCGCGGUCCUCAGGGAGCAGUCUCUUCCCCCGGCAGCGGAAGUACUGACUGUGCUGCCUUAGGCUGCGGUGUGUGUGCCUGCUGGGGCCUAGGCCUGCCUUCCCUAACCCUGGAUGCUGGGGAACGUGGAGAGAGGAGGGAAACUCCAAAGCCCCAACACAGCACCCCGCCAGUGAGAGGGCGUGUGUGUGUUUAUGUUUUCUGUUGAAUCUGUUUGGAGAUCUGGCCUGAAAUUUCUGAAUCUAAAAUAAAAAAUACAGAGUCAUCCCCUCUUAGAAGAGGGGCUGCAGCUGGAGCCUAA